UAAUGCUAAUACCUUCUAAUACAACAUGUUAUGAUGAGUUACGCCGGUGUUUAGCCUACUGGGGCCUAGGUAGCAGUUCAUUGAAAAGUUUCAGAACUAUUGCGGUAUUCAUCAUGCAAAAUGCAGUUGCAAAGAGAGAUUUUGGGUCUUUCCAGUCUUCAAACGUCCAGGAACUUCUCCAGCUCCCUGAGGAAGAAUAUGUAGCACCAGAUAUUAAAAUUGAGCUUCCAGAAUUUGUAAGCAGUAAGAGUUUGGAAAUUGAAUUUGGACUACCAGCUAAGAGGAAAUACUUUCUGUUAGAAGAGGAGUGUACAUUCUUGAACCAUGGUGCAUUUGGAGCAGUUCUUAGCAAUAUCCUUGAUUUAUCUCAUCGGUGGCAGAAAUAUAUGGAAAGACAACCAUUACGAUUCCUGGACAAGGAAAUAUUCCCACAUCUGGUGUAUGUCACAAGACGUCUAGCUAAGUUUGUUGGAUGUGACCCGACUGACAUUCUACUGGUAACUAAUGUAACCACGGCAACGAACAGCAUUCUACGGGGUAUCAAAUUCAAGCCUGGUGAUAUUAUCUACAGUUUGAAUUUGACAUAUGGUGCUGUAAAGAAAUUGCUAAAACACAUUGCUGAAGAAACUGGGGCUAUUAUACAAGAGGAGACUAUCAUAAUACCUAUAGAGGGCGCUCACCAGAUAAUUAAUAAAGUUAAGUCAACUAUCAAAUCUGGUACAAAGAUAGCUGUGUUUGACCAUGUUCCAAGCAAUGCUCCGUUCAUAAUGCCUAUUAAAGAGCUUAUAGCAGUCUGUCAUGAAAGGUCAGUCCCAGUGUUCAUUGACGGUGCACACGCCCUUGGUUCCCUGCCGAUUAACUUACACGAUAUUGGUGCAGAUUAUUAUUCAAGCAAUGCUCACAAAUGGUUUUGCUCUCCAAAAGGCGCUGCCUUCCUCUACGUUAGGAAAGAGCUGCAGAAGUCUGUGAGACCACUUGUCAUAUCACAUGGUUUUGGGAGUGGGUUUAACUCUGAAUUUAUGUGGUCAGGUUUGAAGGAUUACAGUCCAUUUUUAGUGCUGCCGACGAUAAUAGAUUUUUGGGAGGCAGUCGGAUUAAAGAAGAUGAGGGGGUACAUGUACAACUUAACAGAACAAGCUGCAAAUAUGCUGGUAGAGAGACUAGGAACAAGACUAGGUGCCCCUGUCAGUAUGUUUGGUACUAUGGCAUUGGUUGCUCUUCCCAAACGUCUCUAUACUAACAGAGAAGUGAACUACGACCUUGCAGAGUCAAUACAGAAGAAAUUGUCCAGUAGAUUUUCUAUAGAGGUGCCGAUAAAGAGCAUUCAAGGUAUACUGUAUGUUAGAAUAUCGUGCCAUAUUCACAACGAGAUUUCUGAAUACGAAUAUUUAGCCGAGUGCUUAUUAAAGCUCGACAAUGAAUGAUUUUAGUCUGAUUUAGAGAUUAAUAUUUUUUUUACUUGAAGGAGUUUAAAUGGGAAGUUAUGUUUAACUAUGGUCUUUAUAAAUGUCCUCACAUUGUAAGUACAUUCCAUAGGUGAUGUUAUUCAUAUCAUGCUAAACUGUAUUAAGUAAAGCCUGGAUAAAUCGGUAUCAUUCUAUAAAUAGUACAGUAUUAUGAUAUCAUUUAUUCUAUUAUUUUAAUACUGUAUAUUAAUAUAAAUUUGCACAUGUGUGUUUGACAGGUUUCUUUUAAAUUAUUUAAGACCAAUUCUAAUAUCCUGAGUUAAAAUAAUCAUCGUUGUUCGACCAUUAACCAGACAGCUGCAUCGGGCCUGAGCUGGCAGAGACGUGGAUGAAUUCACCACCGAUGGUUAGCUGACCGUUGUUCGACACACACGAGUCAUCCUUUAGAGGUCAUUGUAGUUACCACACAUCCCACUAUUUACUAAUAUUUAUCCAGAAUGGAUUAUGUAAUUUAUAAUAAUUAUGUUUCAAAAUUUCAUAAGUGAUGAAUCAUUGGUGGAUAUGGUAUAUAUUGUUAUAUUAUCAAUAUUUUACAACAAUAACACAUGACAUUGUAGAAUUUAUAAAUUGUUGUAUUUCCACACACAAUCUGUUUAUAUAUUUUGUUUAAUAAGUUAAUAAAACUGGUUUUCAAAAAUUUCUAGAAAGGUUCAUUCUUUGUUUUAUUGUUUUUUUUUGACAUUUUCAUCAUAAGGUUUUUAGUAAUCAUCAAUAAUGAAUGAGUCACGCUUGAAAUUAUGUGUAGAUUUGAAGAAAAUAUAAAUGUGAUCAUUUGAAGUAUAAAAAAUAAUAAAAUAGUUAAAAAUAAUAAAAUAGUUAAAAGAGCAAAGCUCAAGGAUGGACGUGAAGCAUAAUAUAUGUCAAAUGCAACAGGGACAUAGGCCUACACCUACACACAUUGCAGCUUAUUUUUUUAUUUAAAAAAAAAUACAGGGCUUAGAUAAUAUAUUUUACAGCAGACGGUAUCUUCAAUAUUAUA